UUGCCUGUGACGUGGACAGACGGCCAACAGGCAAACGAGGCUUUCGGGGUUUGCAAAUAACAUAACUCGACGAUCAACUAAAACACUCCACUAAACUGGACGAGGCAGGUUGCCCUGCUUCUAAGACAUGCUUUUCUAACCGUUCCGUCCAGCCAUGGCGUCGGCACCUCCUGCAGAUUCUCUGCCCCAAAUUGCUUUGGAGGAGGUGGAAGCUUUAAGAGCAAUUUACAUGGAAGAUUUUGAUGAGGCCCUUGUGCAAGUAACAACAGCCUGGAAAGUAGCCCCUAUCCGCGAGUUUAUAAUACAGCUCGCUCCUCACGAUGAAGAGCUUAAAGAGCAUUGCAGGGUCGUUUUGGCCAUACGCUUUACCAAGCGAUAUCCAGAAACCGCCCCAAACCUUAUACUACGAAAAGUGAAAGGGAUAUCGGAUUCCCAAAUGCAAGAGUUGCAAGCGAAGGUCGAACUGUUUGCCCAGCAGCUACUGGGGCGCGAGAUGAUCUUCGACAUCGCAAGCUACAUUCAGGACGAGCUCUGCCGCCACAACGCGGUGGCACGUGGAGUCAAACAAGUCUCUUUCUUCCAGCAAAUGCAGGACAGAAGGGAGCAGGAUACCAAGGAGCAAAAUGAGCGUGCGAUGAGGGAGCUCGAACUCAAUCGUCAAGUGGAAGAAGAGGCUCUGAAAGAGCAGAAUCAAGCCUUGGCUUCACAGAUUGAGGAGGAGAUUCAAAAGAAGCAGGAGAAAGUGAAACAAGAGAGGGAUAAGAGGAAACGGAUGCAGCAGGAAGAAAAAAGCAAGUUGUAUGGGACCAACGGAAACACCGAGCAGACGGCUCCUAGCACACCUGUCACUCCUGUUUCGCCUGUCUCCCAGCUGUCUUUGGACUUUGUCGCGAAAGGACCGCUCUUGCAGAAAGGAAUUCUCAGUUCACUGCAUAUCGUACGAGUUGCCGGGCAGGGGGACAAUGAGUCGGCGAUGCUGAAAGAGAUUAUCAUAUCGAACCCACACUAUCGUACCGGUGACGGCAAGAAGAAACUGAUGGACGCCUGCGGAGAGAUUCAGAAGCUUACUGCAAUACGGCAUCCCAACCUUGUCACAAUCUUCGAUUCGCGCGUUCAGAAAGUGGAUGAUGCGUGGCAGGUGCAGAUUUUGCUAGAGCAUUGCCGUGGCGGAUCACUCCAGGCACUCAUCAAAAGGAGCGGUGGGUUGAAAGUCGGGGUCGCACAGCAUUACAUGAAGGAGCUCUUGAAAGGGAUCGCGUAUUUGCAUUCCCAGAACCACAUUCAUAAGGACGUCAAAUCGCGAAAUGUACUUUUCGGGGGGACGGACGGCAAUGAGGAGAUCAAGCUGAAUGAUGCUUCCUACGCGCGAAAGCUCCUGGAUCUGCACAAAAGCAGACCACUGAAUCCGCUGCUUCCGGAGGAAGCGAGCUUGCCCAAGAUAUGGACGCCGCCGGAACUCUUGACUCGACACAGUGUGUAUGGAAGAAAAUCCGAUAUCUGGAUGCUGGGGACAUGCUUCCUCGAGAUGAUUUACGGAUACGAAAUCUUCGAAACGGCGCGCCCAGAUGACGUCGAUUUGAGAGUGCAAGAGACCUCGCGCGGGCUUGCUGAACUCGUGUCUGUUAUGUUAGCACCGGACCCGAAGGAUCGGCCAAACGCAAUGGAGAUCCUCAACCACGCGUUCUUUUCCAACACACAUUCCGAAAUGCCGAUUGCAUUCGAGAUCAUGAAAAGCUCUUCUGCAGUGAGCAGCCCCAUGAAUUCCCACCGCAGAACGUUACCUCCCGUAACGCCGUCGAAACAGUCACCCAAUGCCAAUUAUGUAGGACCGAGCAUCUUUGACUCGAUGACUCUGUCGCGAUAUCGGUUGGAUUUCGAAGAAAUCGAGUUCCUCGGCAAAGGUGGCUUUGGGGAAGUCGUGAAAGCUCGAAACCGGAUCGACGGUCGUUUCUACGCCAUCAAAAAGAUUAAGCUGGACGCGAACGAUAGAGAUGGCAGUAAACGGAUUCUGCGAGAGGUGCAGACCCUAUCGCGCCUGCACCACCAAUUUGUCGUUCGAUACUACCAAGCGUGGUUUGAGGACGGGACAGGAGAAACCUGGCACGAUGACUCCGACGACGAGGAUUCGGAGGACAGCGAGGACAGCGAGUCCUCCGAUGUGUCGCACGACAGCGAUUUCGACCAGCCGAUCUUCGAGGAUGAUUGGUUGAGCUUCAGCAAAACGAAGAAGAGCUACCCUAGCAUAUCCAUCUCCUUCGGCCACGGAAGCCAGCGCAAUGGCAAUGAUACCUUAGAGACGUUUUCGACAGAUGGCGCCAGCCCGACGCCGACGGAUGAGGGAGGCAGGCGCAAGGCCCGAUCAAAUAGGGUGCUGUACAUCCAGAUGGAAUACUGCGAAAAGAAAACCUUGCGCGACGUCAUUGAUGAAGGAAUAGACGACGAAGAGGGAUGGAGAUUGUUUAGGCAGAUCCUUGAAGGGCUGGCGCAUAUCCAUUCUCAGGGGAUGAUUCACAGGGAUCUAAAGCCUAGCAACGUCUUCUUGGAUGCUAGCGGGAACGUGAAGAUCGGCGAUUUCGGUCUGGCGUUGUCUAGGGAGGAUGAGGGAGGUCUGCCAAAAGUCGUUUUGAAUGGCAUGGAUGGAUCGACGGGCAGUCUUGAUCCUGAGGGCUCGUUUACGGGCGAAGUGGGGACUCCGGUGUACGUGGCGCCGGAGAUCGUUUCGGGGCAUGGGAAGUACAACUCAAAGGUGGAUCUGUACUCCCUCGGGAUCUGUUUCUUCGAGAUGUGUUACCCGUUCACGACAGGGAUGCACCGCGCACUUGUCUUGAGAGAGUUACGGCAGCCUUCCAUAACGAUGCCGCAAGAUUUCGAGUUCAAGCGGUACGACGCGCAAUCCCAAAUUAUUCUGACGCUGCUCAAUCAUGCCCCAAAAGAGCGCCCGAGCGCUGCCGAGCUCCUGCAGUCACCACUCUUACCCCCGACGCUAGAGGAAGAAUACAUCUCGGAAGCGCUGCGAUCCAUCGUCAAUCAGAACAAUCCGCUCUACUAUUCACGGCUCGUUACAUCCCUUUUUGCGCAAAGCACUGAUCGGCAUAAGGAUUUCACGUAUGAGUUCAAUAGCAAUGCGCUGACGCUUGACCAGUUGACGUCGCUGGUUACCGGUCGGAUGUACGCGCACGCGCUCAAUGUGUUUGCGAGGCAUGGGGCCGUCAACAUACGGGCGCCGCUGCUGAUCCCCAAAGGCGAUCUGCACGCCGCUGGCGGCGUCAAAAAGGUUGUGGAGUUGGUGGACUCGACAGGAUGCAUCGUUCAGCUGCCGUUUGACCUGACGGCCCCGUUCGCGCGGUUGAUUGCACGGGUUUCGCAGGACCUCACCUUGCCGUUGAAACGUUACGUGAUCGACAACGUGUACCGUAGCAACACGGUAGGCGGGCAGCCACGGACGAUCCUGGAAUGCGAUUUCGACAUCAUUACGAGCAACCUCGGGAAUAUGUGCCCGGACGCGGAAGUCAUCAAAGUCGUAUAUGAGAUGCUGGAACUCUCGGCGGCCAAGUACAGCAAUCCCUCGUUGUUCGUCGUCAGACUCAACCACUGCUCGCUGCUCGAAGCCAUCUUCGACACCUGCAAGAUUUCGACAGACUUCCAUGUCCGCACACGCGUGCACAACCUACUAGAACAGCUCCACAGACCCAUGAACUGGACCCAACUGCGGCCUCUGUUAGUCAAAGACGGCAUUUCGGUCGAGUCCGUGAACGCCCUGACCAAGUUCCAAGAUCUCACAGGCGAUUUCGAAAACGUCGCUGCUCGCGUGGAAAGCAUGAUGGAUCAACGCGUCAAGCCGGCGUUUCGGGAGAUGCUGAGUCAGCUGCGGUUGUUGAUGAGCCAUUUGCAGCAUCUUGGGAUUAAGAGUCGGGUUGAUUAUGCGCCGUUGUUGGUUUAUAAUGCUAGUUAUUACAAGAAUGGGCUUAUGUUUCAGAUUGGGCUGCAGAGUAAGAAGAAGCUAGAUGUCGUAGCGGCCGGCGGGCGGUACGACCACCUGCUAGGUCAAUUCCGAUAUCCAUUUGGCCCCAGCAAGAAGCUACACGGAGUCGGGGUGCAUUUCGCCAUGUCGAAGGCAAUAUCAGCCAUCGUUCUAGAAGAAGCUGAGCACAUCCGCUCCUACUCAUCGCAGCCGGGAGGCGACGACACCGCCGGCUCCCAGUUCCGCCGCGUGGACGUACUAGUCGUCUCGGUCGGCAAAAGCGGGGCCGCCGCCGACGACCGCAUGGCCAUCAUCUCCGACCUCUGGAACGCCGGCAUCUCCGCCGACAUGACCUACUACGACGUGCAGUCCCCACAAGACAUCUUCAAGCGCGCCAAGGCGCAGGGGUACAAGCUGUGCGUCAUGGUCAAGAAUCGCAACCCAGACGUGCAAAACGGACUUAUUAAAGUGAAGAAUCUGUCGAGCAAGAUGGAGGAGGACGUCUCGCGCAACGAGCUGCUGGUGCAUGUGCAGAGCGAGUUGGCGGAUACGACAAAAUCGGAACCGUUUGUGCAUGCGCAUGCGAAACCGAGAAGGGGGGACUCGGGGCAUAAUAUGGGGGAGAUUGCGCCGCAUCAUCAUCGGGACUUUGAUUCGAGUGGGGGAAACGAUGUCAUGUCGUUGGAUGCGCACAGUGUUGUGGUUGUCCAACCGCCUUGGAAGAAGGGGAAGGUCAAGCAUAAGGAUAAGCUCAUGUCCAUGGAAAAAGCUACGCACGCUGUUUGCAGCGAAUUCCUAAACCUCAAACGCGGGAUGGUUUUCGUAAUCGACCUGCCAGAGAACGUAUUGAAGAAACUCACCGGCAUCGAUCUGAAACUCCCGGAAGAAUCCUUCAAGAAACUGUUCGACACACUACCAUCCAACCAACGAGAAUAUCUUUCCCAAAUCAAACGCCAAAUCAUCCGCCACCACAAAGAAGACCACCAAGAUCAUUUCUGGCUCUACUCGACGGUGGAUGGCGACGUUCACCUCUACUCGUUUGCGUAAACAAGAUUGCGGUGAUGACAUUUUGCGAAUUCACCCCCGUACCGUUGGAGGGAACACUUCUACGUGACCCUGCCGGUUCCAU